GCCUCAUCGCUGCUGCUCGCGGCCGCGGCCUCCCCAUCCACGUCGCGUCGCCUCCGCCUCCAAAUAAAGUAGGCCACGGUGACAGGAGGCCACCACCGAAUCCUCCUCCGCUCUUAGAGCCGCAGCUCCCGUCCCCAUCCUGAUCCCCUCCGUCUCGCCGCCGCCGGAGCCCCCCAGACCGCGCAAGUCGGGACUCCUCGCUUAUUCGGGAGGGGGAGCCGGCGCCAUGGGGUUCUGGGAGGCCUUCCUCAACUGGCUCCGCAGCCUCUUCUUCAAGCAAGAGAUGGAGCUUUCCUUGAUAGGGCUCCAAAAUGCUGGGAAAACAUCACUUGUUAAUGUCAUUGCUACAGGAGGCUUUAGUGAAGAUAUGAUUCCGACUGUGGGAUUCAAUAUGAGAAAGGUAACCAAAGGAAAUGUCACAAUAAAAUUGUGGGAUCUUGGAGGCCAGCCAAGGUUCCGGAGCAUGUGGGAGAGAUACUGCCGUGCAGUUUCUGCAAUUGUGUAUGUUGUUGAUGCAGCAGAUCAUGAAAACAUGGCCAUUGCAAAAGGCGAGCUUCAUGACCUCUUGAGCAAGCCAUCUUUGACUGGGAUCCCUUUACUAGUAAUUGGGAAUAAAAUUGACAAACCUGAAGCUUUCCCGAAGCAAAGCUUCACAGAAGUGAUGGGCCUAAAGACAAUAACUGACCGAGAAGUGGCGUGCUUCAUGAUAUCAUGCAAGAACUCGACCAACAUCGAUUCGGUCAUCGACUGGCUAGUGAAGCACUCGAAAAAGAAGAAUUGAUCUAAAUUUGUAGCUUCUGAAGUGCACCAGUCUCUAUUUUUGCAUGUGGCGUAGCAUUUGGGCUGUAAAUUAUGCGAGAGGUAUUGAUCAAGGAGGUUGUGUUCAUAAUUUUGUUAACCUGGUUUGGCGAUAUGUUUGUAGACUGCGUCUGGUAUUGUGCACGCACAUGAUUGAUCUGUUACAACUUACAGGAGACUGCACCCUCGUUGCAUACUUGCUUGGUCAAUUUAAACUGUGCGAUUUGUUUCA